AUGGGUGGUCUCAAAGGAUCAUCUGUCAUUGCGACAGAAUGGUCCCUCCUCGGAAUCGCGUACUGUUUUGUUGCAACGCGCAUGGCGGUGCGGCUCUUCAAUCAGCAGAAGGCCUUGUUGGUAUCCGAUGUAUUCCUGCUGCUAUCCUCAGUCUUUGCGCUGGGACUGGUGAUUACCGAUACCAUGAUUUACAAGCUUGGCGGGUUGAGCGAUAAGGAUAUCGAGGAUCCGAGUACUCUAAUUCGAAUGGGAAAGAUCGCGUUUGCUGGGAACUACUUUUACGACACGGCCAUCUAUUUCCCCAAAUUCUCCAUCCUCGCCUUAUACGUGCGACUGAUCCCCCAGACGAUGCCACGCUUACGGCUGGCGCUCUGGAUCGUGAUUGCAUUUGUCGUUAUAUCCUGUUUGACUACGUGCCUCGCGGAUACCUUCUGGUGCGGUUCGCACGUCGCUUCAAACUGGUCUUUGGAAGAAGGGGCUUGCAAUGCAUUCGAAUCGGCACACCUAUUCCACUUAGACUGGUCCCUCAACUUCAUCUCUGAUGUAUUCAUCUUCGCGUUGCCAUUUCCACUCUUCCGAAACUUAACGCUGGCGAGACGACAACUCUACGGCCUAAUCUUCACAUUCGCGCUGGGUUUGAUUACCAUCGCUGUAAACGUAGCACGAUUCGCCACUAUCAUCCUCACGAAAAACUUCAACGCAAUCUACGUCUGGAGCAUGGCCGAGAUGACAACUUCCAUAAUGGUCGUCUGUCUCCCCGCUCUCCGCCCUCUCCUCCGCCGCACCGGCGAAUUCUCCUCGACCGAUCCCAAGUCCUCCGGAAACGUCAUCACACGCACCAUAAACUCGGCGCUCUCGCGGACCGGGCUGUCGCAGCUUGGAUCAUCGCGUGUCGACAACCGCAAUGGGACUCGUCGUGGUAACAACGUGGAUCGGAUGGAGAGGCUUAGCGAUGUAGAUGAUGAUGGCGGAAGCCAGGUUGAGCUCACGACACAAACGAAAGCUCCUGUUAUUUACAAAAGUCAGGAUGUCAGUGUGCAAAGUUCGCGCAUUGACGCGAGUAAUAGUCAUGAUAAGGAUGUGGAGCGACAGACAGGACUAGGGAAUAAUUCGACGGCUUGGCAUGAAUAG